UGAAGGUAUCGGUCGUGUUUUUAUUUGUGCGCUCAAACUUUUAUUCGUUGUGAAUAUGAAGUAUAAGUUAUUUUUUUAUGACUGAAUUCGAAUAAUUUUGACGUGUUUCCCAAACUAUAAAUUUUUUGGUUAGUGAAUUUGGAAUUAUGUUUAUUAACUCAAGUCUGUUGAAAGAAAAGAUGCAAAUCCAACAUAAAUACAAACUAUAAACUAACAUAAAAUACGGUUUUACACAAAAAGACCUAGUUUAAAAUUCUCACAGACAUUGUUUUCAGUGAAAAUAAGCAAUAAAAAAACACUCAAAGAGAAAAAAUUGUACAUUAACGUCUAGCAAUCCAAUAAUAACUUGCGAGAAAAGUAGUGUGUUCUCUCAAAGGAGAGAAAUGCGACACGAAUUAUUAAACCGACGUCCCCGAAAGUUGAACUGAUCUUAAUUGUAACAUACUCACAUGAUAAAAGUCAACAAUUGGUAAAUUUAUGGAACUCUAUGUCUGACAGAAAGAAGAAUCUAAUAACUAUAAUCACAACAUUUCUUACUUCUAAAUCUUCGUCCAAUUGAAACCUCUGAAAAGUAAAAGCCUUGGUUCACGCAGUUGUGAUACGAGCGCGCGAUUUGAAAUUCAGUCUUCAUCAUUUGCAGUGUAUGUAUGUGUUAAUGCAAAGAAAAUAACAACAAUUGACGAAUGACACACUUUUUUCCACGAUCGUUUGUUUCGUCUCACUUUUACAUUUUAUGCACACCAGUGAUUUCUUUCGGUCGGCAUUUUUUUCCUUAAAAAGACAAUUUCUUUUAGCUAAACUAAAAAUUUUGUGCGAUUCGCAUAUCAAUUGAAAUCAAAGAAAGAAGUAGAAGAAAGUGACCCAAUGAGUAGCAUCGACAAACAAAAGUGAAUACACUCAAAAAUUGAAUAGUUUGGUUUAAAUUGGUUUUGAUCAUUCGUUUCGGCCACUGUACCAAAUCAUAGUUGCCAAUCGAAAUCGAUUAAUAAAACGAUUUUAAUAGUCCAAAAUAUUAAUUUUGUAGACUUUUUUCUUUAAAUAAAGACUCGAUUACCAACACGAACAUCUAACAACAUAUUCACUGAAUUGAAAAUGCAUCGUAAAGCGUACAAAAAUUACAAAGGGAGUCAGCAAUCAGACAAUUUGUGCGCGAAAUUCGCACAUAAUUGGCAAUUCAUAUUCAUGAUUGGUGUAUUGAUGCACGCGAUUGACGUGUGCAAUGGUCACGGUCGUCUUAUUGAGCCUCCCAGCCGGUCAUCAGCUUUCCGAUAUGGAUUUCAAACACCGCCAAACUAUAAUGAUCAUGAAUUAUAUUGCGGUGGCUAUGCGCGGCAACAACGUAACGGAGGAAAAUGUGGUGAAUGCGGUGAUGCAUGGGAUAUGCCACAACCUAGACCAAAUGAAUACGGAGGAAAAUAUGGUCAGGGAGUCAUUGUAAGGAAAUAUAAUCCUGGAUCUGAUAUUACAAUUAGAGUUGAACUCACGGCGAGUCACAUGGGGUACUUUGAAUUCCGUAUAUGCCCUGAGCUUCACGCUCAACAAUCAUGUUUAGAUAAGAACCUUCUUCAACUAUUGGGUGGCACUCCAAGUAUUCCACAACCAAACGAUUUGUCUACACGAUUCUAUCCAAGAAAUGGGAGCCGCAUUUAUGACAUUAAAGCUCGUCUUCCUCCAGGUCUCGAGUGUGGAAAUUGCGUACUACAAUGGCGCUACGUGGCAGGAAAUAAUUGGGGAAUGUGUGAAGAUGGUACCGGUGCAGUAGGUUGUGGACCUCAAGAAGAAUUCCGUGCAUGUAGUGAUGUUUCUAUUGGCGAAAAAGCCGCUGCUCCACCCUUGCGUCCAAUUCGUCCAGGAACAAAAACAAAACCAACUGCCGAUAUCAGAAAGACUACACCACCAACCGAAGUGGAAACAUUCGAGGAGCCAGUAUACGAUCAAUCAUCUCGUUAUUUGGGAGCUAUCGUUAUUAUAUUAUCAGCUCUUCUUGUUGUGCUCUGCUUACUAUUUGCCAUUUAUUUGUAUCACUAUCACGGAAAUCGUGUUAAACAAAUCAUGCAUUGGAAUCAACAACAUCAAAAAACGCCAUCGGCUAAUAUGUCUGUAUCAAAACCAGUUUCUAUUGUUUCUCCAACUUAUCCACCACCCGCAUUUGAUGCACCGGUUCCUCCACCGAGAGCCAAGCGACUCUCACAAACAUUGAACGAUGUUACUUCGUUUGAACCAAGUGUUAUCAGUAGCUAUACAAGAUAAAGCAGUCAUAUAUAGACAGGUCCAUCGCAUGUUGCAAUUUAAAUAACAUGAAUUAAUGUAUGUGAUGUGAGAAAAAAAAAGAGAUACAUCUUGCAACACUUCCACAUCAAAGGGAAAUCUUUCAGAACGUUCGUAGCCAAUGUAGUAAUAGAAUGUACUGUUAAAUGUAAUACCAAGCCGAAAAUAUAUAGUUUGUAGAUGCGAUUAGAAUUUGAAUAAUAUAAAUGCUAAGUACAGUAAUGAAAAUGAUUCAAAAGAAAUCGCGAUUUUCACAUUAUCAUUUUGUACACAUUGGUACAAAUUUUAAAUGACUUUGCCAAAUAAAUUUUAUCGUCCACAUGUUCAUAUUAAUAUUCGGGUCAAUGAACCCAAAAUCGAUUUUGAUAUGAAAAAUGUUGAUGUCCCUUCAUUGUACGAAACAUUUUGUGAUUCCAUAAGUUUAAAAAAUUUAUUUAUUGGUAGAAAAUUAUAUGUGUUAUUAUAUAAUUUUUACCGUUUUCCA